AAUACAGUUCCUCUGCACGUGCUGAGUUUUCCCCCAAAACGUCCAGCCCAAGCCAAGGCAAGGCAGGGCAAGGCAACGCAAAUCCCCACCCAGAUCAAUUAAAGGAAGGGAACAUGUUUUAUUUAUUUUUUAAUGUGUUUUUCUUCUUUCUUUCGUCAUCAUCAGUGUCUUCUUCCUCCCAUUGAAGCUGGAAAAAGCUUUUAGGUUUUGAUAAAUAAAAGGAAAAAAAAAUUAACUGGAUUGGGGGCGAUGGAAGGAGCGAGCAAUGGCGGGAUGUUGUACCACGAGGUACAAGAAUCGAAGCUAUGCGCUGUCCAUUGUGUCAACACUGUCUUGCAAGGGCCUUUCUUCUCCGAAUUCGAUUUAGCGGCUUUGGCCUCCGAUCUCGAUACCAAGGAGCGCCAGAUGAUGCUCGAAGGCACCGCCGCCGCUGGUGAUUUCCUCUCCGAGGAAUCCCACAAUGUCUCCCUCGGCGGCGAUUUUAGCAUCCAGGUUUUGCAAAAGGCUUUAGAAGUCUGGGAUUUGCAAGUUAUUCCCCUUGACUGCCCAGUUGCUGAACCUGCCCAAAUUGACCCUGAGCUGGAAAAUGCAUUCAUUUGUCAUUUGCAUGACCAUUGGUUUUGUAUCAGGAAAGUCAAUGGAGAGUGGUAUAAUUUUGACAGUCUUUAUGCAGCACCACAGCACUUCUCAAAGUUUUAUCUCUCAGCCUAUCUGGACUCGCUAAAAGGAUCCGGCUGGAGCAUAUUCCUGGUGAGGGGAAACUUUCCAAAAGAGUGCCCCAUAUCUUCCUCUGAAGCUUCUAAUCGUUAUGGGCAGUGGCUGUCCCCUGAGGAUGCUGAGAGGAUAACUAAAUCAUGCAACUUAACAGAGACUCAGAGAAACGAUAUUGAUCAACUGCCUCCUGAGCCGGUGUUUUCAUUGGAUGGGACAGACGUGCAAUUUUCAGAUAUAGAAGAUGAGGACUUGAAGGCUGCAAUUGCUGCCAGUCUAAUGGAUUCUUCCCCAGCCACAGCCAGUGUUGAGGCUAGCACUUCUAAAACCGAAAAUAAAGAUAGCCAGGAAAAAACUGCAUAAGAAGAAAUAGGUUCUUUUUGUUUUUAUAUUUACUGGUCAAGUGACAAUGAUUCAUGUCAGGUUUUUAGAUGGUUUGAACAAACAUCUUUUGGCGUGAGGUUGUUGCAUUGUGCAGUAUAUACAUUCUUUACACAUUUUCGAGUUGAAAUUUAACAUUGUGAAAGGCACUUUUCUGAGAUAUAUAUCCUCCUAGUUAUGCUUAUAUAUGAUCAAAGCUUCAGGGUUUUAGCCA